GCCGUCGCCACUAUUAAUCAAAACACAUGCUUGCCUUGACGAAGAGACGGGCUAAGGAAUUCUCUUUCGAACGUCUUGUACUGUUAGUGAAAUAUAACAUACACAUGAUAUCCACAGCAAAAUUCAGAUACCAGAAAAGAACUAAGAAAAUACAGAUCCUAAAUCAUAAUUGUAUUGGACACAUUUUUCAGAUGGAUAUUUAUUGUUGCUCAAAAGAAAGGUACGUCAUGGGACAAUAGAUUAUCAAAUCAUUCUUCACCCGGUCUUUACUGGUAUGGGAUUCAACUGAUAAUUAUUUGCUUCCUCGUCUGAGUCGUUCUUAUCCACAUUUAAAACAGGUCGUUUCCAAAGUAACGCUAAUAUCCCCAGAAGCAGGACUCCACACGUUACUGCGAGCGCUAUGGUUGCUACACGGUAUACUUCUCCCUGUUUGAUUAGCUCGCCCGUUUGUUGUUGCCCCGAGGCUGUGGGUUGUGCACCGACAGUGUUUGGAUCUGGUGUAGCGGGCGUUGUACACACCGGAGCAGCUGGUUCUGUCUUAUCAGUGACCUUAGGAGCUUGGGUAGAUCUGGUGGGUUGCAUGGUGGUCGUGUUAGCAGGAACACUUAAGCCUGAGAAAGAUAAUGCAAUGGGCUCAUGUUUAUUGAUGACAAAUUCAAAAAUCAUUUUAGAAUUUACGUCCAAUGAAAUUACAUUGAUCUAACAAUUAUCUAUCAAAAGAUAAAUGUAAAUUACGAAAAUGGAUUAAUUUUCAAAUAAAACUAAGAGUGCUAUAUGAACUUAUGCAAAAAAAGCAUUUGACAGAACCCAUUUGGGUGUUUUGGCUUACAGUCAUGCCCGUGAUACUAACCUUUUAAAAUCCAAGGGACAUAGUGUGUCCAGAAGGCGAUCCUAUGCUGGUUAUACUCCUUCCUUAUCUCGUUAUCGUCUCCAAUGUAAAGGUACUUGUGGUCAGUGGUGUCAUAUUUUGGCCAGGUUGUAUUCGCUACUGGUUGCGGGGUGGGGUUUCUACAACAGUGAACAGACAAUGAGUAUUUUAGACCACGUAUGUAUUAAUAUGGAGCAACUGUUAUUCGUGAUAUGAAUCUUGUAUUCCUUAUUGUGUACCAGUCUUUUCAGUAACCCAUGGCCAAUGUUUUAUAAGUUAGUGCAUACCCAUAUUUUGCAAAGUUGCUCCACAUUUUCAUGACCCGUUCAGAAAUGAUUUCAUCCUUUUGGUUAUAUUGAAAUAUAUCUUCCAUUCCCUUCAGUUGGUAUUUGACUGUUGGGUUUUUGUUGAUAAAUGGCCAGCCAAGCACAUAAGGAAGAUCUGCAUUGUGUGUUGCUCCUGUAUAAAGAAGAAGACAUACAUAUAUCAGGUAAAGGACAAUGUGCAACAAAAAUAUUUGCAAAUUUUUAUAAACCACCCUAGUUUAAAACAUAGAUGUGUAACAGUGUUUAGGAUAAAUUAAAUCUUUACUAUCAUCUUGCUAUCGACCCAAUAUUUUAGAUAAAACGAUCCAAAGUAGUCAAUACAUUGGGCAAAUGGAACGUGUGAACACAAUGAGCAAAUGCAAAAAAGAAGAAAAACAAACAUGAAGCAUAUACAUUUUUGUUCCACGUCAUGAAGCAUUUAUUUUGAUUGAAAACAACAUUCUCCAUAACCAUGGUGCUAAUCUCUAUAUGACGUCACACAUGAAACUUCCAAACUGUAAUAAUCACUGAACAAGUCGAUCAUUGUGACGCAUUUGAAGAAUAUGUAUUGAUGCAUGACGUCACUAACAUACCCAUGUCAACAGUUUAUUGUUUUGUUGUUAUGCUUGCAAUCAAGAGCUAAACUCUCUGAAGGAUCGACAAAAUGACUAGAAAAGGCGAAUUGAUGAUGUCUCGAACGUUAUUUGCGAUUUGUACCAUCAUCCUGUGUACAUGUGGCACUGGCAAUGCAAGAAGUAUCAACCAUCCAGGUUAUUUCACAAGUUACCCUAGUGUAGUUGAAGGACGAGAGGUGAAGAUCGGUGAAACCAUGGAACCUCCGAUUGAACCAAGCGAGAUCACGACAGUUAAUCCAGCGGAUAAAACAACCAAACUGUUGGCCGCAGGUGUUAGUUUUGGAAUGCUGGCGAUAUUCAUAAGAGGCUUGGCAGUAUAUAUUCAAAGCAACGUCAAAGGAAGAACCAAAAGUAUAUCCUAUAGUGACGCUGAACGGGGAAUUCGAAUGGCCAAAAGAAAUAGAAAUGGUAACACCUUGACCAGAGCCAAUGUGAUUUCGAAGAGCGUGUUGCCCAACGGGGAACGUAAGGAAGUUAGUGCCUCGCAAUCGGAUACCAAUGCUGACCAAUCCCCCAAUGAUUCGAAUAAAAUACGAAAUGAGGCUAAGAAGAUGAACAUGAGCUACAUUGAUUAUCUAGACUAUAUCGUAUUAAACCCAAAUGCGAAAAUGACAACGAAGAAGCUAAGUUCGUUUGACGAUAUUGGUAAAAGUCGAACUGAGUUUGAACAUGAUGGACCUCGACGACGAAAUCAGGAAUCUCUGCCUAAUCGUUCAAUCCAAAUGGCUAGCGAUAAUCAACGUCCGGGGGAUUACAAGCCACAACCCCACAACAAAAAAUGUAUUCAGACAAAUAACUCUUCAAACCAACCAACCAAGAUCAAUCAAAGGAGAGAAUUCGUUCAAAACAAAGACCACGCAGACAAUCGACAGACUACCGACAAAGAGGCUGCAUCGGAGAGACAGAUCGAGAUGUUAUUUUCAAAUCUUGAACGUGCCCUACUGAGCCAUGCUAGUUACAUUCCUAGCGCACACGAUAGAGCCGCUAGAAAAGAAUGCCUUCCGCACCGAUGCUAUGUGGAAAUGGACACCUCGUGAACUGUUUUUUUUAAUUUACUUUGUUCAACCUGC